CAAUUUCCUCUUUUUCUGAGUCUACCUCCGUGGGUACUCCCAAAAUGGUAGCCCUUACAAUUAAGAAAAGCCUAAUAGCCAUCACUUUGGCCGGAAUUUUAGCCCGGCUGAUGAUAUCAGAAUCUGUAGUAAUGGCUCAGAAUUGUGGCUGUGCAUCAGACCUUUGCUGUAGCAAGUUUGGGUAUUGCGGAACUGGCAACGAUUACUGCGGCACUGGAUGCCAAGCGGGGCCUUGCGAUGGAUCGUCAUCGACGUCUAACGGUGUCGUGGUGGGUGAUACAGUUACACAAGAAUUCUUCGAUGGGAUAAUCAAUCAAUCUGCCGCAAGCUGUGCCGGCAAGAGCUUCUAUACCCGUGAUGCAUUUCUUCAAGCACUUGAUUCGUAUACUAGUUUUGGCACCACCGGAACAACUGAUGACUCUAAACGUGAGAUUGCUGCCUUUUUUGCCCAUGUAACACUUGAGACUGGAAACUUGUGUUACAUAGAAGAAGUUGGUGGUGCUUCUAGGAAUUACUGCGAUGAAACAAACACACAGUACCCGUGCGCCGCCGGCAAGGGGUAUUACGGCCGUGGACCGCUACAGCUAACAUGGAAUUAUAAUUACGGAGUUGCAGGAAACAGUAUAGGAUUUGAUGGACUAAAUUCACCUGAAACUGUGGCCAACGAUGUUGUGAUUUCGUUCAAGACAGCAUUGUGGUUCUGGAUGAACGAUUGUCACUCAAUCAUAACCUCUGGGCAAGGGUUUGGAGCGACGAUCAAAGCCAUCAAUGGACCAAUUGAAUGCAACGGUGGAAACACAGCAGCUGUACAAGCUCGUGUUCAGUAUUAUAAGGAAUAUUGUAACCAAUUUGGUGUGUCACCUGGCGAAAACCUCACUUGCAAUCCCGUAUCAUAUUCACGUCCUUGUAUAAACACGGCAAUUUCUAUCCUUGUACGCUGA